CGUUGAGCAGUUCAACAACAACGAUAUCGCCCAACCGUAUACUCGUUUUAAUUUUGUUCCUUUACAACCGGCUGCUUGUCUGAGCACCAUAACCAAACACUUUACACUAGAGAAUGUCUGAAUACCUUUACAGUAUGUAUGACGAAAAUGAAGACUUUUACGACACGUAUGAUGACUACAAUGAACGAAUUUUGAGAAACUAUGAAGCAGCGGGCUGGAAAGAUGUCUAUGAAAAUUGUAUUGUUCCUUCGUUUUUUCAAAUAUCUUAUUAUGCGAUACCAUUUGUGGCAGUCAACAUUUUUAUGUGUAUCUGUAAUAAGCUUCAAGCACGUUACUUACCAUCGCAUUACAACAUAACACAUGCUCUUAGUUUUGGAAGCGGUUUAUUUUUAAUUUACAACACAAUUGAACAUGGUCAUUUAUAUUUGGUUCAGCUAUUUAUAUCUGUGUAUUUAUUGAUCAAACUAUCAUUCAUUGAUCAAAAGCGAAUUAGACUUGAUUUAUUGAUAAGCAUCUAUACAAUGGCUUAUUUGAUUUUAAGUGAAGUUUUAGAAAAGGAUCCUAAAGUAUGGCAUCACAUACGAGGUGUCUUAAUGAUUGCAGUGAUGAAGUCUAUCUCUCUAGCUAUGGAUACAAGGGCGGAUCGAUCAUUGCGAGAUCGAUUUUCUAUAAUCUCAUUCUUAGGUUACAUCUGUUCUCCGGCAAACUGUAUUUUUGGACCAUGGAUAUCUUUCAAUGAUUACUUGAACAGUAUAACCAGGUCUAAAAACAAGUUGAAACUGAAUUUUAAAUACUUUGCACAAAUAUCGAUUAAUCUUGCACUAUGUAUUUUAUGUUUGCUGUUUUCAAACUGCGCGGAUAGUUUUCUUGAUGCUGAUAAUUUUUGGAAAUGGGUAGUCGCAUAUGGUACAGCGUUUUCUUUCAGGAUGAGUCACUACUUUGUGUCGUUUUUAUCACAAGCUACCAUGGUAGCAUCGGGCACUGUACCAAGUGUUGACCAAGCUACAAAAUCGUUGCCUAUCAAACAAUCACAAUACUUUGGAUAUACAAUCGUACGGCCAUGGAGCAUCGAAUUACCUAGAUCUCUCGUACACGUUGUCGUAGCUUGGAAUGUCCCAAUGCAUAAUUUUUUGAAACAGUAUAUAUUUCGGUCCAUAAAACCAAGUGGCACAUUUGCAGCUGUCUUUUUGACUUAUGUUACAUCAUCGUUACUUCAUGGAUUGAACUUUCAACUGUGGGCCACUUUAUUGACGAUAGGUGUGUGGAGCUACGUAGAAUACAACAUAAGAAGCAAACUGGCACAAAUAUUUUCAGCUUGCGUUCUAGUCAACAAGUGUUCGAAUACUUGCACAAAACAUCAUUUAGGACAGAGCAGACCGAUGACUAUUUUCAUUAAUGUAAUAUUUUCGUUACUGUGCAUUGUUAAUCUUAUAUAUUUAGGUGCCAUUUUUGAUUCCAAUUCUCAAUUACAAACGGAAGGUUACUCCUUUAAGCACACGCUGGAUAAAUGGCAAAAGCUAGACUAUGCCUCGCAUUGGCUGCUACUACUAGUGUACAUUUUUAACUGGAUAAUUUGAUUCAAGAUAACAUCGUCUCUCUCAGUAUUAAACUUUGUGAUAAAAAAUAAAAUAAAAUAAAACAUUA